GAGCUCUUCGGCAUAAAUGUUAAUUAAUAUCUGUCAUUUACAGACAGCCACUGCCUCCUUUCAAAGGUGAACACAACAAAAUUUAUGACAGGUGCACUAUCAGAUCGCAGAGGAGCACAAAAGCAGGAGGAAGAGUGGUAGCCCAUGCAUCUGCAGAAGCAGUUCAUUCGGAGACCUGUGACACCUGAAGCAUUGUGACAUGGGACUGCUGCCAAGCAUUAUCCUCCUGGGGCUGCUGCUUGUUGGGCAAGGGACCACCCAGAUCUAUACCACUCCAGAAAAGAGUACAUCCGAAGGGCAGCUAUGGCCAAAGGCAGGUGAUGUUUCUGCUGUUUGGGUUCAUUUGCAGACCAUGAAGAAUUUUUCAUUCCCGUGCAACACAAAGACAUCAGAAUCGAAUGUGCCUUCUAAGUCAGUUAACUCACUGAGGCCUUCUGAUGUUAAAGUUGUGGCAGCCAUUGGCAAUCUGCAAACUCCUCCAGACUCAGGGAUGAUCGACCUGGAGAAGCAAGAUGGGACUGAGAAAAGGCCACAGCAGGUGUGCAUGGGAGUGAUGACAGUUUUUUCAGACUUCGUCAGACACUUCAGUCCUUCUGUUCUGAUGCCCAUGUGCCCCCCUGGGGAGAGAGCUGUACCCCGCAAUGGUGUGGAAGACUUGUUGACUCAGGCUCAAGAACUGGUGAGAAGCAUGAAAGAGAACCCGCAACUUGACUUUCAACAUGACUGGAAGCUCAUCAAUGUUUUCUUCCGUAACGAAAGCCAGUGUUACCUGUGUCCCUCUGAUCAACAGACAGGACAUGUGAGGGGUGGUAUGGACAGGCUGACUGAGACGCUGGACUACCUGUUCCAGGAGGUGCCCAGAGCAUUUAUAAACCUGGUGGACAUCACCAAGCUCGCAGAGGUCUUCCGCUGGCAUCAGGGGACUCAGCCCAGCCCCACACCAGAGCCCUGCCCUUGCUCGGGGGAGACCUGGGGUCUGGCCAGGAUUUUGAAGCAGUGGUCCUACCAGGACACCUGGGAACACCUCCUGGCCUCCAGCAAGUACAACAGGUGGGAGUCCUUCGUGGUGGUUUUCCAGUCUUUGUUCUUCAAGAGCGCCCAGUCGCCACCCUCCGAGGAGCCCCCGCUCUGGGACCCCACCACACUCGCUGUGAGUCUCUGGAACACCAUGAUGAAGCCAGCGGGACAGAAAGAUGAGUUUUUCAGUGUGAAAGAGAGGAGGCCAGUGAAAUGUCCCUCUCAGGAGAGUCCCUAUCUCUUCACCUACAGGAACAGCAACUACCAGACCAGAUUGCCAAAGAGCCAGCCUCAGGUAAGGAGAGGAGAAGAUACAGAAAUCAGAUGUCCUGACAAGUCCCCUUCCUCCCCGACUCCCACCUCAGUUCACUGGCUGAAGCCGGCUGACAUCCAGGUCAUUGGAGCCAUGGGUGACUCUCUCACAGCAGCAAAUGGCGCUGAGGCCAGGGAUCUCCCUGAAAUCGUCACUGAAUAUCGAGGCCUGUCUUGGAGUGCCGGCGGCGACGGGGACCUGAGAACGGUGGUGACGCUGCCAAACAUCCUCCGGGAAUUCAACCCUUCCCUGAAGGGCUUCUCUGUUGGCACUGGAAGUGAAAACACUCCUGGAGCCUUCUUAAACCAGGCCAAGGCAGGAGCCAGAUCUGAGGAUUUAGUUUCCCAGGCCAGGAGACUGGCGGACCGGAUGAGGAAUGACAACAGGAUACGUUUUCAGGAAGAUUGGAAGAUAAUAACCCUAUUUAUAGGCGGCAAUGACCUUUGUAAUUCCUGCAAUGACCCGGCCCAAUAUUCUGCCGAGAACUUCACAGAGAACAUCAAGACGGCUCUGGACCUCCUCCAUGCUCAGGUUCCUCGGCUGUUUGUGAACCUGAUGAGCGCGAUUGAGAUCGUCAAACUAAGGAAGAUAGCCAGGAACAGCACAGUGGGCUGCCUGGAGUAUAUCACCAGCUUCGUGUGUCCCUGUGUCAUAAGGUUUCCUGAUGAUGCACCAGAAAUUGCCACCCUUAAGGAACUGAAUAGGAACUAUCAGGUGAAGACUCAGGAGCUGGUGGAUAGUGGGCGAUACGACACAAAGGAAGAUUUCACAGUGGUCGUGCAGCCAUUCUUUGAAAACAUAGAGGUGCCAGUGACCUCGACGGGGUUGCCUGACAGGUCCUACUUCGCUCCUGACUGCUUCCACUUCAGCAAAAAGACUCACGGCUAUGCGGCCAGUGGCCUCUGGAGAAACAUGCUGGAACCUGUUGGCCAAAAGACAACGCAGCAUGAUUUUCAAAGCAGGAUCAGUAUCAAGUGUCCAAAUGAGAACUGGCCAUUUCUGACAACCUACAAGAACAAGCAGGGUCAUGGUACCUGGCUGUCGUGCAAAGACAGAAGUCCCUCCAGCGUGCGCCCCACCUCAGUGCAUGCCCUGAGGCCUGCUGAUGUCCAAGUUGUGGCUGCUCUGGGGGAUUCUCUGACCGCUGGCAAUGGAAUCGGCUCCAGACGAAACAACAUGCAAGAUGUCCUCAUUCAGUAUCGGGGACUGUCAUAUAGUUCAGGAGGGGACGGCACCCUGUUUAAUGUGACCACCUUACCUAAUAUCCUUCGGGAAUUCAACGGAAACCUCACAGGCUACGCGGUGGGCACAGGUGAAGCUAGCGGCACGAACGCAUUCCUCAAUCAAGCUGUUCCUGGGGCAGAGGCUAGACAACUUACUAACCAAGUCGAGACUCUGGUGCAGAAGAUGAAAACUGACCCUAGAGUGGAUUUCCAGAAAGACUGGAAGGUCAUCACGGUGAUGAUUGGAGGCAGCGAUUUAUGUGAACACUGCACGGAUUUGAAUCUGUAUUCUGCAGACAACUUCAUUUCACAUCUCAGCAAGGCCUUGGACAUCCUGCAUAAAGAGGUGCCCAGAGCCCUGGUCAACCUAGUGGACUUUAUGAAUCCCAGUGUCAUGCGGCAAGUGUUCCUGGGAAACGCAGACAAGUGCCCACAGCAGCUGGCCAGGUACCCAAAUCAGGCUUCAACCUGCCCACAUGCACCAGAACCUCAAGACACUCAUGCUCCUAAACCAGGGCUGCUCCACACCCCACCCACCCCAUCUGGCAAGAGCCAGGCCCUAACCAGAGCUUGGGCAUGGGGUCCUCCUGCCUCCCCCUCUUUGUGCAGCACAUUGUGUAACUGUGUUCUGACCCCACGAGUGAACUCCCCAGAGCUGGCCAGGAUGGAGGCCCUCAGCCAAGACUACCAGAACAACAUGCGCAAGCUAGUGGACACGGGCCGCUAUGGAACUCGGGAGGACUUCUUGGUGGUGCUGCAGCCCUUCUUCCAGAAACUCCGGAUCCCCACCGGGGCGAAUGGGCACCCAGAUACGUCCUUCUUCGCCCCAGACUGCAUCCACCUGAGUCAGAAAUUCCACUCCCAGCUCUCCAGAGCCCUUUGGGUCAAUAUGCUUGAACCACUGGGAAGGAAAACGGACACCUUGGACCUGUCUGCAAAUAUCCCCCUCACCUGCCCCACUCAGAAUGAGCCCUUCCUGAGAACCACCAGGAACAGUAACCACACAUACGCCUCCAGCCAGGGCUGGGGCAGUGACUUCCAGUGUAAGAAGGGGAAUCCUUCCAAUCCUGUUCCUACCUCAGUCCACAAGCUCCAACCAGCAGACAUCAAAGUUGUGGCCGCCCUGGGUGACUCGCUGACUACAGCAACAGGAGCUCAACCAAGCAGCUUCACUGACACAUCCAUCCCCUGGAGGGGAUUCUCCUGGAGCAUUGGCGGGGAUGGGGUCUUGGAGAAUCACACCACCCUGCCCAACAUUCUGAAGAAGUUCAACCCUUACCUCUUUGGGUUUUCCACCUCUACCGUGGAGGAUUCAGCAGGACUAAAUGUAGCUGUGGAAGGGGCCAGAGCUAAGGACAUGCCAGUCCAGGCCCAGAACCUGGUGACACUAAUGAAAAACAGCCCCAAAAUCAACCUGCAGAAAGACUGGAAGCUGGUCACACUCUUCAUUGGGGGCAACGACUUGUGUCAUUACUGCGAGAAUCGGGUGACCCACCCAGCCAGGGAGUAUAUUAAGCACAUCGAAAAGGCCCUGGACAUCCUCUAUGAGAAGCUUCCAAGGGUGUUCGUCAAUGUGGUGGAGGUCAUGGAUAUGGCUGUCCUGCACCAGGGUCAGAGAGGGAAAUGUGUCGUGCUGGCAACUCAGAGUGACUGCUCUUGCCUCAGACACUCUCAAAACUCCCCAGAGAUGCUGGAACUGAAGAAAGUGAACUGGAACUUCCAGAGUGCCAUCUCCAGGUUCUCCUACUGGCGCCAGUACCUGCAGCGCGAGGACUUUGCCGUUGUCGUGCAGCCUUUCUUCCGAAACACUCUCCUCCCGCUGAAUGAGAAAGGGACCGCUGACCUCACCUUCUUCUCCAAGGACUGUUUCUACUUCUCAGAACGUGGUCAUGCCCAGAUGGCCAUUGCACUCUGGAACAACAUGCUGGAGCCAGUGGGCCGUAAGACGACCUUCAACAACUUCUCCCACAGCCGAGCCCAACUCAAGUGCCCCUCUCCGGAGAACCCGUACCUCUACACUCUGCAGAACAGUCGGCUCCUCCCGGACCAGACUCGGAAAAUCCCCAAGAUAAUCUACUGGGCUGUCCCACUGGCGGGAGGAGCUGGCCUUCUAGCCGGUGCUUUGAUCAUGGCCGUGGUUGGCAUGAGAGGCGGCUAGAAGCAAGAUCCUCCAACGAGCCUGGACGCCGAGGGCCUCUAGGCCCCUGUGUGCAGGUCCUCACCCCAAAUUCCCCAGCCACACUCCUCACCAGCGCCUCUACUUCAGCCACUCCUGGCCACUGCAGACAGACUUGCUUCAAUACCUGGUGACAUAGAGGGCCAAAGGGAUCAUCGCAACACCAGGUCCUGGUCUUUUCCCAGACCUAGGUUCCCGGAAUUGGCAAAUUUAAAUAAAGGCCAAAGCUGUUCUA